AUGGCACCAAGGAACAUAACGGGAAAUCCAGAAUUAAUUCUUCAGGGACUUUCAGAAGAACCAGAACUGCAGCCCCUCAUAUUUGGGCUUUUCCUCCCCAUGUACCUGAUCAGUGUACUUGGAAACCUGCUCAUCAUUCUGGCCGUGAGCUCACACUCCCACCUCCACACACCCAUGUAUUUCUUCCUCUCCAACCUCUCCUUUGUAGACAUCUGCUUUACCUCCACCACCAUCCCAAAGAUGCUGUGGAACAUCCAGAUGCAGAGCAAAAUUAUAACCUAUGAAGGAUGCAUCAUCCAGAUAUAUUUUUUCAUGCUGUUUGCAGGGCUGGACAUCUUCCUCCUAACAGUGAUGGCCUAUGACCGGUUUGUGGCCAUCUGCCACCCUCUGCACUACAAGGUCAUCAUGAACUCCCAUGUCUGUGGAAUGUUGGUUCUGGUUAGCUGGAUCAUCAGUGUCCUGCAUUCCUUGUCACAAACCUUAAUGGCCUUAAGGCUAUCCUUCUGUAGAGAGGUGAAAAUCCCUCACUAUUACUGUGAACUCAAGCUAUUGAUCCAACUUGCUUGUUCUGAGAACUUUCUUAAUGACAUGGUGAUGUAUUUUGCAGCUGGGCUAUUUGGUUUUGGUCCCUUUUCUGGGAUCCUUUAUUCAUAUUCUAAGAUUGUUUCCUGCAUAUGUAGGAUCUCAUCAGCUCAGGGGAACUAUAAAGCAUUUUCCACCUGUGCAUCUCACCUCUCAGUUGUCUCCUUAUUUUAUUGUACGGCCUUAGGAGUGUACCUUAGUGCUGCAGCUACACAAAGUUCACAUUCAAGUGCAAUCAUCUCGGUGAUGUAUAAUGUAGUUACACCCAUGCUGAACCCCUUCAUCUACAGUCUGAGGAACGAAGACAUAAAGAGGGCUGUGAAAGCAUUCUUUAGAUUCACAGUUAUAAAAACUGCCACUUGUCUUCAACUGAGGAAGGGCACAUGA